AUGGCUCGACGUGGUAAUAACGCGCUCCCUGGAAACCAUUUCCGCAAGCAUUGGCAAAGACGGAUCCGCACCUGGUUCAACCAACCAGCCCGUAAAGUUCGCCGUGCUGAAACCCGUGUUCAAAAGGCCAAGGCUGUAGCUCCACGUCCAGUGAGCUUGUUGCGCCCAGCUGUACACUGCACGUCUAUCCGUUACAACAGCAAGGUUAGAUUGGGACGUGGGUUCACCAAGGAAGAGUUGAAGGCUGCCGGUAUCUCUGUUGUUGAAGCAAAGCAAUUUGGCAUUGCCGUCGAUCACCGUCGUGUAAACCGAUCAGUUGAAUCCAUUGAGGUGUGUUUACUAUCAUCUGUUUUACGUUUUUUAGCGCAAUGCUCAGAGACUCAAAGAGUACAAAUCUCGUCUGAUUGUCUUCCCCAAGAAGCUCAGCAAGCCAAAGAAGGGAGACAGCACUGUAAGUUUUAUGCUUGCGAUUUUCAUAUCUCUCUUUAGGAAGCUGAACUCAAGUUGGCUCAACAAGUAAAAGGCACCAUCCUCCCAGUCAAGAACACUCAGCCUCGUAUCCGUGCACAGGCUAUUACUGAGGAACUCAAGAAAUUCCAGGUAUACAGACACCUUCGCAACAUCCGAGGGGAAGAAAGAAACCGAGGAAAACGCGAGAAGGCCGCCAAGCUUGCUGCCGAAGACGGAUUGGGAUCUACCCGUCGUUAA